AUGACAACAGAUGUCUCUAAUAAAACUAGUGCUGAAGAGGGGAAAGAGGUUCUUCCCAAAAAGCCAGUUUUAUCGGAUGGAGUAUCACACAGUACUGAAAAUGGAGUAAAGGACGUGACCCAGGGACAAAUUCCCAAUGCUAUGGACAUAUUGGAACAAGAGGACAAGAAUGACAAGGAAAUUAAAGAGCUCCCUGGCCCUGGUUCAGUUGAGCCUAUGGAUCUUGAUGGAUAUUCCAAGGACCCUGAAAAAAUUGAUUCUUCAUGUAAACACAGUGAGCCAGAACGUCUUCAGUCUGGCAGGAACUCCAAGGAGAGAGCUCUAGAGAGCCGGACUCCAGAACUUUCUUUAGAAGAGCUAAGUAUCAGCUCAAAACAUCAGCAGCAGGCAGCUAAAGGAAUAGGUCAGCCAGUGCCUACAGAAGAACCUGUGCAGAGAUCAAGCAGGAAAAGGAAAUUACUUGAGGAUGUGGAGUCUGGAAAAACACUUCUGCUUGAUGCUUAUAGAGUAUGGCAGCAAGGUCAGAAAGUUAUGGCCUAUGACCUGGGUAAAAUUGAGAAGAUCAUGUCUGAAACGUACAUGCUGAUUAAACAGGUGGAUGAAGAAGCAGCACUUGAACAGGCAGUCAAGUUUUGCCAGGUGCAUAUGGGAGCAUCAGCACAGAAACAGUCCACAGGAGAAGCACCCAUGACCCCUAAGCAUACAAAGGACAACAGAGACAGCUUCUUCCCAGUAACAGCAACCACACUGCAUCCUACCCCAGUGAAUCCAGACACUGUGACUCCUGAAAAUCUCCUGAGACUGAAUGAUCUGCAUUCCAAAUCCAAACCAGCCUCUUCCUCUUCUUCCUCCUCCUCCUCAGCAUCUUCAGUGCCUCCAUCCCAGGAGUCACACAGGGACACUGAGCAUUUGCAGAGUCAAAAAGCAGAGACUGCUCCUAGCACAAGUGAUCUCGCACGUGAGGAAGAAGAGCUUGAAGUGCCUUUGGAGGGGCUUGGAUUUCAGCAGCAGGAGUCACGGCUUUGUCAGCAGAUGAAAAUGGCAACUGUUGCACCCUCGCCAGAGCCUGUCUGCUGGCAAGUGGAAUCAGUGACCAGCACAAAUUUGGGACAUGUUUGUACCCAAGCCUCAAGUUCCAAACCUGAACUCAGCUCCAGUUCACAGACUUUGGGAAGUCAGCAGAACAAGACAGAUGGCACCCGAGUAAAAACUCGCAUUCUGCCCAACAUGCCAAAGCUUUUCAUACCUUCAUCUGUCACCAAGUUUCCACCUGAGAUCACUGUCACUCCACCCACUCCCACCCUCCUUUCUCCAAAGGGCAGCAUUUCAGAAGAGACCAAGCAAAAAUUAAAGUCUGCUAUUUUGUCUGCUCAGUCUGCAGCGAAUGUAAAGAAGGAGAGCCUUUGUCAGCCAGCUUUGGAAAUCUUAGAGACCUCAAGCCAGGAGUCCUCACUGGAAAGUGAUACUGAUGAAGAUGAUGACUACAUGGACAUAUGAAUGAAUUCUGGCCAUCAUCAACAUCAGCCAUAUAAUCAUUCUUGUUGCCAGCAUCUCUGGCAGUUGCAACAUCUUCGCUGGCAUUACUCUCCAUUCAAUUAGCAUCACUGUGUUCUUCACUUUCAUUACCUUUUUUAUCACUACUACCACUUGUAUUGCCUUCAAAACCUUCGCCAUUCUCCUCAUCAUGGUGCUUGAUGGAAAGAACAAUUG